AGAAGAAGUCGCUUCUAGGGCAAGAGGACACCCGUUUAGCAUUUGAAGUCUCUUUUCAGAGACAUUUGUUCUUCUCUUGAAUUGUCUUUGAUGUAAACUCUUUGGACCUUCCAUAUCUAAAGAUGCCGAGGUAUGAGCUGUGUGUGAUCCUGAAGGCGAUGCAGAGGCCAGAGUCUGCGGCUGUCCUGCGGCGCACGGUGGAGACCCUGUUCGAGCGCGGCGCUGUGGUCCGGAGUCUGGAGAACCUCGGCGAGCGAAGACUGCCAUACAAGAUCUCCAAACACGACUGUCGCCACACGCAUGGCGGAUACUUCUCCGUCGACUUCCACGCCUCGCCCAAUAUCGUCACCGGGUUGUUGGAGCAACUUGAACGGGACAUUGACGUUUUGCGUCCCACAGUUUUGAGAAAAGACAUUGACUUUCCCAAGGUGCAGUGCUGUGGCCCGCCACCUCCCAAAGCAAAAAGUACCUCAUCGAAGUAAAUGAUUGUGAAGAUUGCUUAAUCUGCUGGAUUAUGGAAAUGGACUUGCAGUUCAUAUAUGGAAAUGUUUUGCAAAAGCACAUUUGCAUGAGCUAUUAAUGUGACACACCUUUCCUAAGAACUCUGUACAUAUGAUCUCAUUGCAAUUUUAUAAUAAAAGCAAUAAUGUACUUCAAAAAUUACAAGCUCAGAAUACAUGAAUGAAUAUUAAUGAAACAAUAAAACAAUAUACAAAGU